AUGUCCAAACAAACAAAACACAAAUCAAGAACUACACACACCUGGCAAGUGUGGGCCAUCUACAUGGUCUUAGCUGCAAACCUCUCUGAAGAGCAAGCGCUGAAGCAAGCUUGUCCUUCAUGCGAUGCCACUCAGCUUUGCAACUGCUCUUCCAUGGGGUUGGACUUCAUCCCCCCAGGGCUCACAGCCAAAAUCACAGUGUUAAACCUGGCCCACAACAGGAUAAAGCACAUCCGCUCCCAGGAUCUGCAGCAGGCUGUGAACCUGAGAGCCCUGCUGCUGCAGUCCAACAAAAUCAGCUCAAUAGACAUGGAUUCGUUUGACUCCCUCGGGAAACUGGAGCUCUUGGACUUAUCAAAUAACAGCUUGGCUCGCUUGUCCCCUGUGUGGUUUGGGCACCUUUUUUCACUCCAGCACCUCCACCUUCAAGGCAAUUCCUACAGAGACCUGGGGGAAAGCUCCCUCUUUUCUAGCCUGAGGAACCUGAGCUCUCUGCACCUGGGCAACCCACAGUUCUCCACAAUAAGGCAAGGGAACUUUGAGGGCAUUGAGCUUCUCAACAAGUUGUGGAUUGACGGUGGCAAUCUCAGUCAGUAUGAGCCGGGAAGUUUGAAACUGAUUAAGAAGAUAAAUCACAUGAUCAUAAACUUAAGGAAUAGUAAGAUAUUCUCAGCAAUUAUCAGGGACCUUCUGCACUCUGUCAUUUGGUUAGAAGUGAGAGAAAUCAAAUUAGAGAUUGAAAUAAAAAGCUUGGUGCAGAACUCUACACUUCCUUUUAGGAUACGAAAACUUACAUUGAAAGAUGCUUCGUUCACAGAUCAACAUAUUGUCCGAAUAAUAGUAUUACUGAAAGAAAUCACAUCUUUACAAGAGUUAGAGGCAAUUGAUUGUGAGCUUGAGGGGCAAGGAAUGUGGAAUACUGAAGAAAUUGAAAAGACUGGGCAAAGUUUUGUUGAAGAAGUAUCAAUAAUAAAUAUAAUGAUUCAGAACUUUCAUUUGUUUUCUGACCUGAAAGGUAUGGAGUCACAAAUAAACAAACUGAAAAGACUCACCAUUGCAAGCUCUAGAGUUUUCAUGGUAUCAUGCGAACUUGCAAAACAUUUUUCAUCACUUCGGUAUCUGGACUUUCAUGAUAAUUUGCUCGCAAAUAAGCGCUUAAAUGAGACAAUCUGUGAAGAUGCUUGGUCUUCAUUGCAAACUUUAAAUCUAAGUCAAAACUCUCUGAAAUCUCUGAAACAGACGGCAGAUUCUGUAACUCGUCUACGCAAUUUGAUUAAUCUUGACAUUAGCCAAAAUAAUUUUGGUGAGAUUCCAGAU